UUGUUUGUACACUUCAAGCAACACUCUAUGCUAUUGUUUCUUCCAAGGGUGAGAAGAGACUCCCUUGAAAGAUGGAUAGAAAAAUUGAGAUAAAAAAAAUUGAAGACACGAAUAAAUGUAAAGCCGCCUUUCCUAAGCGAUGUAGUAGUUUAUUAAGGAAGGCAGAAGAGAUUGCAAUUUGUUGUGAUGUGGAUGUCUUGUUUGUUGCGUUCUCACCCUCUAAUCGAGUCAACAAAUUCUGUAGCCAAAAAAGAAUUGAAGACAUGCUUGAACGCAAUAUUAAACUUCCGGUUGAGAGGAGAUUGACUCACAUGGGCGAUGUUAAGGAAAAGGUGGCAAAGCUGAGGCAAUUGAACCACAUCAAGGGAGAUGUUAGCAAGCUACAAUUUCUUGAUAAACAGUUUGGAUAUCUUAUCUUUUUCUCACUCCUUCAUUUUUUGGAUCAAUUUAUUGUCUCUCUGUUAUUAUAUUUUGUUCAAUGUGAUGAAAUGUAUGCGUCCAUCAGUAUUCACAGGACCAGGUCCCCGACAGAAUAA